UGUGGUGACUCUGAUUAACAUUUUGAACAUCUGGUGGACUGUUUUAAAAAUGGCUGUACCGUCUACAUUCCAACCAGCAAUAAACAGGGUUCCAGUUCCUUUAUAUCCACAUGAACCUUGUCAUUUUCGUUUCACAAAACAUUUUAAAGAAAUGUUUAUUAUAGCUGUCCUAGUAGGUGUGAACAGGUGUUUAUUUCACUGUGGUUUUCAUUUACAAAUCCUUGAUGGAAAUGAUAUUGAGCAGUUUUUUCUGUUUGCAGAGAGCUAUAGCCUCACCUCAUGGGGGUGUGGAGCACCAACUUUCCUGCUCAGCAGUGAGAGCUGGGUCAGCCCAGCCUCCCUGACUGCAGGACCCACAGGCUCAGCCUGCCUAACCUUCAAGCUGCCUCCUGGGGCUGAACUUGCCUUUUCUCUGCCUGGGACCCUCCAGUAGGUGGCCCUGGUGUAGGAAGUGUUGGCCAUGGUCACCUGUAGCUCUGGGGACAUCGCACUUGUGCACAUGUUGUUGGGUGAGGAAUCAGGAGGGGAGGGUGGUGGUCAGGAGGUUCUUUGCUUCUUGAACUCUCCUGGGGCCUCUUUCCAAAGCAGCAACCUGGUGACCCAGGGCACAGCUGCCCCUGGGCUUCCUAAGUCCCUGAGCGCACAGUACGGGCUCCUCAGUCCCCCUCAAAGCUAUUAUGCUUAACUUGAGGGAGAGGAUUGAGGGGUCACAGAGGGAUGGAAAUAAAACUUUUAAUGGCCUUGGGACUUGGUGGCCUCCCAGUCCCAGGUAAGCAUUGUUGUUCUCUCUCUGGCCUGCAUGCCUAGGGUUCCAAGUGUGUCCCCAGCCCCCAGGUCCCUGAUCAAGGGAGACUUCCAGAUAAAGCCCCUGUGGCUGUCAGGCUCAGUCUGAUGAAGGGGCUGUGUCACCAGCUGUUGAGCCCCCUUCCAGGCAUGUGGCUGUGUUCCCUGCUCCCUGCCCUCAUGGGAUCUCUCUUGGGGGCUGUUCUUUCUGGGCCAACAGGCUGGCGGUUGCCAGGGAAAAGCCCCCGCUUUGACCGUCCUGGAGAUGUGGUGGUUGGGGGUAGCUUCUCCAUCUUUCCCUUUGAUAACAUUACCCUGUUUGAUUUCACUGCUCCACCAGCUGGCUUGCCGUCUUCAGCCGUUUCCAGGUGGGGCUACCGUGUGGCCCAGGGUUUUGUCUUUGCCAUUGAGGAGAUCAACAGGGACACCCACCUGCUGCCCAACCUCACGCUGGGCUUCUCCAUCCGCAACUCUGGGGACUCAGUGCAUGGAGCCCUCCAUGAGACACUGGGCUUUCUCACUGGCCAGGAGGAGCCGAUCCCCAACUACGCGUGUGGAUUCAGCCCUCCCCAGGCUGCCCUGAUUGGAGAUACGCGGUCAGCUCUGUCAGUCUCCAUGGCCAGGCUGCUGGGGCUCUAUAAAUUUCCCCAGGUCAGUUACUCAUCCACACUGCCCAGCCUCAGCGACAAGGCCCAGUUCCCUUCCUUCCUGCGGACCCGGGCCAGUGACCUCACGUCCUCCCACGCGGUGAGCCAGCUAGUGCUCCACUUCCGGUGGUCCUGGGUGGGCAUUCUGGCCCAGGACGAUGACUUUGGGCAGCAGGCCAGCUCUCUGGUCGCCCGGGAGCUGGGCCAGGCAGGCGUCUGCCUGGAGUUCCACCUCCACGUGCCCUCCCAGCAGUCACUGGAAAAGACAGAAGCCCUCGUCCAGAAGAUGGCCAGCUGCACGGCCACCGUCGUGCUGGUCUUCCUGAGCAACUCCAAUUUCCAGCUCCUCCUGCUGGGCUUGCAGGGCGUCGGUGUCUCGGGCCAGGUGUGGGUCAGCAAGGACGUGCUUCACCUGGGGCUGGCGCUGACAGUGCCCGGCGUCUCCCGCGUGCUGCAGGGCUCGUUCGGCCUCAUGCUGCAGGUCAGCCAGGCGCUCGGCUUCCCCGAGUUCCUCGCUCGCCUGCACCCCAGCCGGACCCCAGAGGAUGCCUUCAUCGAGAGGUUCUGGGAGGUCACGUUUGGAUGCAAGUGGCCGCCCAGGAACAGCACAGCGUCGGGAAGCACUCGGCUGUGCUCUGGGAAUGAGAGCCUGCGAGGCCACGAGCACCCUUUCCAGGAAGUGAGCAAAGUGGACGUGGCCUACUCUGCGGUCUACAGCAUUGCCCAUGCCCUGCAGGCCCUGGGGGACUGUGUGCAUGAGGAUGGGGCAUGUGCAGACCCUCUGCACUUCCAGCCCUGGCAGCUUCUUCAUCCCCUCAGAAAGGUGCAUUUCAAGACCCCUGAUGGGAAAGAGAUCAUGUUUGAUUCCAAUGGAGAUUUACUUACAAAGUUUGACAUUCUCUAUGGGCAGAAGACUGCCAAUGGCCUGUUCCGCUUUGUCCACAUAGGCGUGAUUGACCCAGGAGCUACUUCAGAGAAGAGAAUGACUGUCCACCUGAUGAAGGAGGACCUCCAGGUCCCCAGCUCUGUCUGCAGCAGAAGCUGUGCUCCAGGAUUCAGCCAGAUUCCCCGACAGGGAGCCCCUCAGUGCUGUUUCGACUGCAGCCCCUGCCCCGAGGGACAGUUUGCAGACCAAAGAGACAUGAAGAGGUGUCUUCUGUGCCCUAAGGAGCAGUACUCGAGCCCCACCAGAGACCGCUGCCUGCCCAGGACAGAGACCUUCCUGGCCUUUGAUGAGCCCCUGGGACUCACGCUGGCUUCCGUGGUGCUCCUGCUGGCUGGCCUGGCUGUGCUGGUCCUCGGGGUGUUCUUGAAGCACUCGGACACACCUGUGGUCAGAGCCAACAACAGGGCUCUCAGCUACACACUCCUCACCUCCCUGGCGCUCUGUGCCCUCUGUCCCCUGCUCUUCCUCGGCCGCCCGACCACCGCCACCUGCCUUCUUCGCCAGACCACCUUUGCUGUUGUGUUCACCGUGGCUGUCUCGUCUGUCCUGGCCAAGACCCUCACCGUGGUCUUGGCAUUCAGGGCCAUCAGGCCAGGAGUCAGGGUCCAGGUGUGCCUGGGGCCAAAUGCCUCCUCCUCGGUGGUCCUUACGGCCUCCUUGGUGCAGGUUGUUCUCUGUGGGGUCUGGCUGGGCACCUCCCCACCAUUCCCACACAGAGACGUGGCGUCAGAGCCCAGUCAGGUUGUCAUCUACUGCCAGGAGGGCUCUGGUGUUGGCUUCUACUGCAUGCUGGGCUACCUGGCUGUCCUGGCAGGGGCCACCUUCUGUAUGGCAUUUUUGGCGAGGGGUUUGCCCGACGCCUUCAAUGAGACCAAGUUCCUCACCUUCAGCAUGCUGUUGUUCUGCAGCAUCUGGACGGCUUUCCUGCCCCUGUACCACAGUUCCCGGGGCAAGUCCACGGUGGCCGUGGAGAUCUUCUCCAUCCUGGCCUCCACUGCAGGGCUGCUGGGUGGCAUUUUCCUCCCCAAGUGCUACAUCAUCUUGCUGAAGCCUGAGAGGAACACCUUGGCCUGCAUAAGGCAUGGACGCCAGGCUCAGCAGGGAAGAGGCAGGGCAAGGAGCUGGGCCCUCACUAGAGAGCCUCAGGAGCCAUCUCUUAGUGAAGACAUUGGUGCCACAGUGUUUGGGUUCAUUGCUUUUAUAUGGGUUCAAAGAGACUCUGUAUGCUUAGAAGGAAAGAGAAAUUAAUGUAACCAAUUUUCAUGAGAAUCAGACUGUUGGGAGACUUAUCUCUUUCUCACAGUCAAGAUUGCUAUAAUUGUCAAGAAUAAUUGCUAUAGUUUUACAAUAAAUUAAAAGACAAAGACAUGUACAUCAGAUGUGAAUCUGAACUGGUAGUGUUGCAGUGGUCAUUUGGUGUCGACAGCUGGGAUGCUGGCCUCCCAUACUAGGUGUGCCUGGGUUGAGUCCUGGAUUCACCAAUUGCACCUUAGGAUGCAGAAAGUGAUGGCUUAAAAACUUGAGUCCCUGUCUUCUGUGUAGGAGAGUUGGAUUGUGUUCCAGGUUCCUCACUUCAGACUGAUCCAGCCCUGACUGUUGGGCACCUGGGGAAUGAACCAGCAAAUGGAAGAUACCCAUCUCCCUGUGUAUCUGUCUCUGUGCCUUUCAAACAAAAUGAAAAUCAGCAUUUUAAAAAAGAGCAGGCAUUGUGACACAUCUGUUAAGAUGCUAUUUGAGAUGCCUACAUCUCAUAUAGAAGGCCUGGGUUUGAGGCCCUGCUCUGCUUCUAACUCAACUUUCUGUUAGUGCAUAUCCUGGGUGGCAGGUUAUGGCUCAUAUAUUCGGGUCCCUACCAUCCACAUGGACAUGAGGAGUGAGUUCCAGGGUCCUGGCUUUGGCUUGGCCUAGCCCUGGUUGUGUGCAUUUGGGGAGCGAACUAGCAGAUGGAAAAUCUCUCUCUUUCAAAUAAAUAAAACCUUUUUAAAAUGGGUUCAGUGUUGUAGCAGAAACCAAGGAGAAAUAGAAAUUAAUCUAGUGAUCAAAAAAGUAGUUAGAGAAAAAUUAUUUAUAAGCAAAACAGGGAAGGAUAAAAGCAAAAAAUACAUGGUAAAAGGUGACUGACAGAAAUUCCAAACUAACAUAAGAAAAAUGACAUAGAAAUUUACAGCAUUGGGAAGGAAAAGUGAGCAAAGCAAUAAUAUCAAAAAGUUUUUACAUUUUUUGUUAAUACACUUGAAAAAACUAGGUGAAAAGUUUUCUGGGAAAAUGGUUAUAAUCCUAAAAAAUUUAAUAUUGAAUGAAAAAGAGAAAACGUAAAUUAACUAAAAGUUUUAGAUUACAUUGAAAAUUUUCUUAAAUAAUUACAUCACAAAAAAAAUUCUAAGCCCAAGAUAUUUUACCAGUGAUUUUUUUUUUUUCACCCUUCAGGACAUAGAAAACUCUUGGAUACAUAGCUGUUCCGGAACAUGUAAAAGCCUGGACAUUUACUUUUUUUUUUUUUUUUUUUGACAGGCAGAUUGGACAGUGAGAGAGACAGAGAAAGAUCUUCCUUUUCCAUUGGUUCACCCCCAUAAUGGCCGCUGCAGCUGGUGCAGCAGGCAGAGGAUUAGCCUAGUGAACCAUUGGCGCCAGCCGACAUUUACAUUUGACACCAUUGUGUCAGAGCCCAAAAAAAGAAGUUAAAGGCCAAUAUCUUUCAGGAAAAAUGAUGCAAAAAUUGCGAGUCAGAUACUGCCAGUAAAGACAGUUCAGCUAGUACACCUGGACUGGAAACAUUCACUCCAGAAUCAUGACAUUAUAAUUACAAUACUCCAUUUUAAUCAGGCAAUUGAAAAAAAGUCAUGUCAAUAAUUAAUGAGAAGCAAGCUGAUAAAUUAUAUUACUUCAGGAAGAAAAAGCCCUAGUAAGUCAGGAAAACACUUUUUAUAUUAUGAUGGUUUCAGGCUUAAUGGUGACGCUAGAGUUCAGGUUGCAGACUAUGGCCCACAAGCCAAAUCUGGCCGACUUGUUCAUGUAAAUAAAGUUUGAUCAGGACACACACACACACGCACACAAACUUUCAUGUUGUCUUUAGCCACUUUCACACUAUUAGGAGGAGUUGAGUAAUUGUCAAGAGAUUGCAAGGCUGGCAUUUGGCACAGUUGUUAAGAUGCCACAUGGAUGCCUGGGUUUCAGGCCCUGCUAAUGCGCACCCUGAGAGGCAGCAGUGAUGGCUCAAGUAGCUGGGUCCCUGCCACUUGCGUGGGAGGCCUGGAUUGAAUUCCUGACUCCUGGCUUUUAGCUGGCCUGGCCCCAGCUAUUGUGGGCAUUUGGGGAAUGAACCAGCUGAUAGAUUUCUCUCUCUCUCUCUCUCUGCCUUUCAAAUAUAAUUAAUUAGUUAAUUAAAGAUAUGCAGUGUUUGAAAAGCCAACUAUGUACCAUCAUUCUUUCAACAGGAAAGAUUUGCCAAUCUCUGAUGAACAGCUAUUGCCAUCCCACUUAGGAAAGACCAAGGCAGGGUUGCUCACUAAUCCUUAUGAAUGAACAAGCAGUUCAGAAAAGGAGCAAAUGGACAACGAAUACAUCAAAAAGUAAAUGAACUAAAAAUCAGAAAUGUAAAUAAAAAUUAUAAUAUAUAUUUGGGUAGCUAUUAUGAGGUAAGCAAUAUCCCAAGCACUUAAUCUACAUAACUUCAUUUAGCACAAGGAUCCUAGUAAAGCAAGUACUAUGAUCUCCAUUUUACAGAUGCAGAAAAUACAGUCUAAAGAGGUUAACUAGCAGAGAUUUUUUUUAAAGAUGUAUUUGAAAAGCAGAGAGGUAGAGGCAGAGAGAAAAAGAGAGGUCUUUUGUCCACUAGUUCACUCCCUGGAUGGCUGCAAUGGCCCGAGCUGUGCUAAUCUGAAGCCAGGAGCCAGGAACUUCACAUGGGUUCAGGGGCCCAAGGACUUGGGCUGUCUUCCACUGCUUUCCCAUAGCAGAGAGUGGAAUUGGAAAUAGAGCAGUCGGGACUUGAACCAGUGCCCAUAUGGGAUGCUGGCACUGCAGGUGGUGACUUUACCCACUACGCCACAGCGCUGGCCCAAACUAGCAGAGAUUUAAAGACAGUGUUGGACACAGACAUAAAUAGUGGGGAAAUGGACCCUUUUGGUCAACACCACAAGUGACCACAUAGGUACACCCUAUUUGUAGGAAAGUUAGAUUGGAAAUGCUCAGAGGCAAUGGCUACUCAAGAGCUGAUUCAGAAAUUUCACUUUGGCAAUUCUUUCAUGGAAAUAACUGACCAGAUAUGAAAAAACGUGGUCACAAGACCUUUUAUAGUAUGGUUUAUAAUACCAAUAUACUAAAUGCUAAUCAGUAGGAGAAUGUUUAAAUAAUUAUGAUGCAGAAAUUAAAUCUAUUGCUGAGAGAAAAUCAGGUUCAUAACAACAAGGAUGGUCCCAACUUUUAUAAAAUUAUAAAACUCUCCUAGGGGAACUGUGGAAGAAUGUCACCCUUAAGGUAACAUUGCUUAUCUAUGGUGGCAAGAUAUUAAGACAUAUUUGCUCUUUGCCUUUUCCUAAAUGAUUUUGAUCUUACAAUGAAUGAGUAUCAUAUGAAUUAAAAACAAAGUUAUUUCCAUCAAGGAAUAAUACUAAGAUGGCAGAAUCCAAAAUUUUCAUUAUUAUUCAUCACUGGAUAGAAAAAUAAAACAUAGGUCGUUCAUCUGUGUGUAGCCAAAGAUAUAUGCCCAGCAUGAUUACAGUGGGAGAUUAACCCAAUACACAGAAAUCAGUGUGUUUGUAUUUUAGAGACACAGAUUAAAAGUGUCUACCAGGAAGCACACUUGCUUCUCACAGGCAAGCUGUGUGGGCCUCAGCAGCUGUGCCAGAAAGGCCAGUCCUCCAUCUGGGAAUCUAGAGGUAAGGACUGGCUGGCCAACCAGAGACGCAAGCCUGGGCUGUGGUGUCCCCUUAUUUGUCAGAAGUAAAAAUGUUCCCAUCUAUAGAUUUCAAAACAGAAACGUAAGACUUACAAAACCAAGAUUCAGCCGUGAAUUCAAAAUAAGACACAAAAAAAGUUACCUGAUAGAAACCCUCCAAACCCACAACUUAAUUUUCCUGACCCUGAAUAAAUUGUUCAUUCUGGUACAAUAUUAAUCAUCAAUCCUUGCACAAGACCUUUGUAAACAUCCACUUGGACAUACUGUCCUUGAACUUCAUAUAAAUGUGAUCAUAUAGCAUUUAUCAUUGUGUUUGUGAAAUGCAUCCAAAUUGUGUGUAUACAUGGCUCCCUCUCCCCCUUUUUUCUUUUAUAUACUUUUUUUUAAAAAGAUUUUAUUUGAAGGGCAGCACAAGAGAGAGGCCUCUCUUACCAACUGUUCACUCAGUUCAGCAUCCUAAAUGGCUAUCCUGUCUUCAGUCUUACAUCCUACAGUCCCUUCUCUACACUGGCUGACUCACUAAUUCAUUAAAAUUCACAUACAGCUUCAUCACUUCCAUGCCUAAAAUCUUUCGAUGGUUUCCAAUAACUUACCAACAUAAAAAUUUGCAAUUCUCCUCGCACCAUAUUUCUCCUCCCCAUCUUGCCAAUCUCUGACAGUCUCCACUCAGCAGAUUUAAGUGACUGACCUGUCUCCCACCAUGCUACCAAGCCUCUGCACACACUUUCCUCCACCUGAGAACCUCCUCCAUCUGACAGAUACUCAGCCCAAGUGCAUUCUGUCAGGCCCUCCCUCCUCUUCCUAACAGAGCUGAUUGUUUCUCUGAAAGCCAUGCACACACCACAGCCCCACUCCUCAGCCACUUUUAUUCCAGUCUUCCCUAGUCUGUCAUCCUUUGUAUACUGUGGAUCUUCAGUAGCCACAGACAGGUCUGACUUGCCUUGGGUGCUUCCACAGCUGGCUCACAUGGUAGGCACUCAGUAUAUGCUCAAAGAAGUUUGCUGGGUGGCACAUCAAAAGUGGAUCACUCACCGAGGCAGCCAGCAAGGGAAGACACCCAGCCCAGAUCAGUGCAAACACUAGAGGGGGACGUGAAAUUCUGGGGGAAGUUCAGCUCCAACAAAGGUAGAAAGGGGACUCUGAG